GGCCUGUCGUUAGACACACUCAAAACAGGGCUCAUCCAUUUCACGCACUCCAGACAAACCCAUCUUGACCUUAACAUACCAGCACGCAACAAUCGCCCAAGCUUCACCAUAAAACACUCAAAGGAGAUCAAAUGGCUCGGUAUUACAUGGGACACCAAGCUAUCAUUCACCCCACAUGUGCGUAAAGUAUGUGCCAAAGCCACAAAAGCAGCCAACGCCCUAGCCAUAUUGGGGAACUCGGUCAGUGGAAUGCACCAAACACAGAGACGUCUGAUCUACUUAGGGGCCAUUGUACCCAUGAUGACAUAUGGAGCCCCAACCUGGUGGCGCAACAAGAAAUCCCACUCUCAGCUACUAACCCGAGUCCAA